ACUAAACAAAUGCUACCAGUAGCGUAUAUUUUGGGUGUUUUGCGUUUGAUAAGCACUCAAACAAUAGAAAAUAAUUUAAAUGCAGCUGACGACGUUCUACCAACCGAUAUCACAAAUGCUGUUCCAACGACGGUUUACCAAUCAGAUCAACCUUCAAAUGGUCAAGCUUUUUGCAACUCCAUACUUUGUCGUUUACCAACGUGCAGGUGCACUGGAACAGAUAUUCCAGGUGGUUUGUUUAAAAAUAACACGCCCCAAGUUAUCUUGUUAACCUUUGGUGACAGUGUUACAUCGCAAAACGUUCAGCUUUACAAAGAUUUGCUUGAAGGAGUUACCAAUUUUAAUGGGUGUCCAAUUAAAGCCACGUUUUUUGUUUCUGGAGAUAACGCCAACUACACCUUAGUAAAAACGCUUUACGAAAGCGGACAUGAACUUGCCGAUCACUCAGUAUCUCAAAGGGUUCCUCCAGAGUGGUGGAGCGCAAAUGCAACUGUUACAGAACUCGAAUCCGAAAUUGUUGGCCAACAGAAAGCAAUACAGUCAGAAGUGGGUGUGAUUACCAAAGGCUGGCGUAACCCAUAUCUCGAAAGCACGGAAACUACGUUUAGAAUUUUAGCAGAUAACGGAUUUUUGUACGACAGCUCGUUGGUUACAUUUCCUGGAGUAAGAUGGUGGCCGUAUACUUUUGACUACUUGCCCUCUUUAAAUUGUUAUUUGAAAAACUGUCCAACAAAUUUCUACCCAGGUUUGUGGGAGGUUCCGAUUGUCACUUGGCAAUGUGAUGCGUCAGGGGCAAAAUUUGGCUCAACUAUGAGUGAUUGUGUUAACUUAGACGAUGAAGAAAGCGUCUAUCAAAUGAUCAUGACUAACUUUAAGCUUCACUAUGAUGACAACAAGCAACCGUUUUCCAUGUUUACAGAUUCAAUAUGGUUUGAUAACAAACCGUCGAGAAAAAGCGCCGUUAUACGAUUUAUAAACGAUGUACGAAAGCUAAAUGACGUAUUUUUUGUAACAAUUCAAGAUCUUCUACUUUGGAUGCAGUCACCAAUUGGUCUUGAAAAUUUUCCAUUUUCGUGUAACCGAUAACAAGUUUUGGAUAUGUCAAAAGCUCUGGAUAUGUCAAAAGCAUUUUAGAUGCAUCCUUUAUAAUAAAAGUUAAUGGCUAUUUAUUCAAAAAAUGUUAUGCUAUGAUACUUUGAAAUAUGUAUUGUUAAGUGAAAAAGUUUAACUUUCCAGUUGAUUAGUAUAUAACUGGUUUGUUAUUGUUUAG